AUCGGCUCUUUCAAGUUUCAACGGGGCCAAGACUCGCUCCGUGUUCCCCUCAUUAUUAUCGACACGUUUUUUGUGGAGGUUGUACCCCGUUCUACGCCCUAUAACGACUUGACUCUAUUGUUCCGUUCUGCGGAGAUUGAGAGCCUCUCGAGUCUAAUUCGCUCUUUCUAUCAUGAUGAAGAGUCGUUCUUCUCGACUUAUCGUAUCCUCGGCAGUUCGCAACUUGUCAAAAAAUCCUCUCCGGCCUCUAUCUAUAUCACGCCCAAUUGUUUCUUCGCAAAGGACUUUUACCUCUUCGUCUGUCAAAAUGGGAGACGCUAUCUCCGAGAAACCUCAUAAUGCCUGGCUCGGUGCCAAAGGACCUGCAGCUCUUGACCUCCGCAGCGAUGUGGUGACAACACCAACGCCAGCUAUGUUGGAAGCUGUCAAGUCAUGCUCCCUGCUUGACGAUGUUUUCCAGGAGGACCCUGCUACAAAUGGCCUUGAGGCCUAUGUUGCGGAACGCACCGGAAAGGAAGCCGGCCUUUUCGUCCUCUCAGGAACAAUGGGAAACCAGCUCGCUCUUCGCUCUCUUCUCACCCAACCUCCUUAUUCAGUUCUGUGCGAUUACCGAGCUCACAUUUUCACCGCUGAAGCAGGCGGCACUUCAAACCUCACAGGGGCUCAGAUUCAGACUGUCAUUCCUAAAAAUGGCAGAUACAUGACGCUUGAAGAGAUCCAGGAGAACGUGACUCUGGAUGAUGAUGUUCACGGCUGCCCUACACGUGUCAUCAGUUUGGAGAACACUCUUCACGGCAUGGUCAUGCCUCUCAGCGAAGUCAAGCGAAUUUCUGAGUUCGCUAGAGAGCACGGCAUCAAGUUACACUUGGACGGCGCCCGACUAUGGGAGGCAGUCGUCUCUGGAGCAGGUUCUCUGACCGAAUACUGCUCUUACUUUGACACCAUCAGUCUAUGCCUGUCCAAGGGUCUUGGUGCCCCAGCAGGAAGUGUCAUUGUUGGGCCUAAAGCCACCCUGAAGCACGCCCGCUGGGUCCGCAAGUCCAUCGGCGGCGGUCUACGACAAUCUGGUGUUCUCACAUCUGCAGGACGCAUCGCCAUCGAGCAGACUUUUGGACAAUCGCCCAACGGCCAAGAUGGGCCUCUCAAGGCGUCUCACGAGAUGGCACGCAAGGUCGACGAUCUCUGGACGAGCAUGGGUGGCACAAUUGACGAGCCGACGGAGACCAACAUGGUGUGGUUGAACCUCAAGGCGACAGGAUGCAGUACGAAGCGGUUCAUUGAGAUUGGCGCAGAAGCUGGGCUCAAGUUCAUGUCUAGCCGGUUGGUGACGCACUACCAGGUCGCGCAGAAUGAGGAGGAGGUUCUGAGACGGUUGAAGAUUGUGUUUGAAAAGGUUCUAGGUGAGGGAGGAGAUUCCAGUGCCCAACAAAAUAUUGGAAAGGGCAGUGUAUAUGUGCCUCAAUAGAUGAAAGGAUAGAGUAGCAUUCAAUCUAGAGCUUGCUCUUUCGGUCCUACUCGUUACACAUGUUAAUGAACUACUGUGAGACGUUUCAGCCAUCGAAAGAUUUUUAUAG